CACGAAAUAAAAACAGAAAACAAAAAUAAAUAGCUAAAAUUGGAAAAUUGAAUUUGAAUAGAUUUAGGAUUUUUUAAAAUGGAUAUAAGUAAAUUACUUGGUAUGUGUGUUUACCAAAAUAAUCACACGCUGGUAAUGUUGCAACAAAUUAUACAAGCAAAUAAAUGUAUUAUUAUGGAAAAAAAACGGCGAAAUUACUGCAAGUCUACCCUACGUAAUAAAAUUGCUAUGGUUUACUCAAUUCUGAAUACGCAAAAUAUACAAAGGCCAAAAAAAAUUUGGACGUUAAAACGUUAUGGUCGAUUUUGGGAACAGAAUGUGCCGUACUUCAGUGAUAAACUGUUUAAAGAAAGCUUUAGAACAGACCGUAAUUGCUUCAAAAAACUUGUGGAAAUGCUACCAAAUUUAAGAAAAAUGAACACAACAUUUCGUGAAACUAUUCCAUUGGAAAAACGUAUUGCAAUCGCCCUGUACGUUCUAGGCUCUUCAACAGAAUAUCGGAAAGUAGGCGCAUUAUUUGGGGUCUCCAAACCGACUGUGUGUUUAAUUCUGAAUGAAUUUUGCAAAGGAGUAUGGCAAGCCCUAGCUCCAGAAUAUCUUCCAGAUAAUUUUUUGAAUCAAGAAAAACUGGAGGAAUGUGUAAAAGGUUUUGAUACUAUUGGUUUUCCUCAGUGCUUUGGAGCGGUUGAUGGCUGUCACAUUGAGAUGAAGCCAAAGACAGGAGAAGCUUUUGACUACCAUAACUCUGAAGGUUGGAAUUCAGUUGUGCUAUUUGCCCUUGUGGAUUAUAGGUGCAGAUUUUUAUAUGUUAAUGUGGGGAGUCCUGGCCGACACAAUGAUUCUCAAAUUUAUGAGACAUCAGAGCUUAAAAAUGUUGUGUCAUCAACAUUAUUAUUUAAAAAAAACGCUAGAAAAAUUGGAAAAACUGUGGUCCCUGUUAUGCUUAUUGGAGAUUCUGCAUUUCCUUUUUCGGAGACGUUGAUGAAACCAUAUCCUUUUGAAACAGCAACAAGCGAAGAGCAAAAAACAUUUAACAACACGUUGUACAAGGCUCGACGAGUUGUUGAUAAUGCAUUUAUACAUGUAAAAGCGCGUUUUGCAAGAAUUGGAAAAGGCUUGGACAACCAUCCAUCAAAUAUAAGUACCAUUAUAAAAUGUUGUUGUGUUCUCCAUAACUUUUUAAAUACACACAAUAGUAAAAUUACCCGUCAAUGGCUAGUAGAGGCAGCGAAAUAUAACAAACCUCAACCGAAAUAUGUAACCACAAUCGACGACUUCAAAAAAACACCAGAAAGAAUUCGUAAUUCCAUAGCUGUACAUUUAAAUUCGGCUCUGAUGGACGCUGAUGAAACUCCAUGAUGUGAGCUUUGCAGACUGAUAUCCUGAUUCUCGCCUUUAAAAAAUAAUUAUGUUAUAACAUAUAAUAAUUAUGUUUAUUAUAAUAAAAUACAAAAUUAAAA